AAAAGUGCGAAGUCCGUACGGUAACCCCGACCUGCCCGUGGCUUUCCAAUCGUUCGUAAUCAUUGACCAAACUUGGUGGUAUCUGGAUUCAAAUACCUGCUUCGGUAUCGCUUAACGCAACAAGAUACAAUGCAGAUCCGGCCCGACAAAACCGUACUCUGUAAGAGGGUACGGAUAGUGAUUGGUGAUUAAACAUGUCACCGGACACUUGUAAACGAGUUCGGUGCCAUCUCGUAAUGGGAUCGAUGCGGAGAUGCACGACUUUGGGCCUUCUAGAAAAACUCUGUCGUGGGAUGGGUGCAUCGAAACACACAUCCGGCACCGGAAAAGCAAAGAAAGAAAAAACUAGCACAUGGUGUUGGGAAGUGAUACAUACCACAUAUGUCACAAAAAAAGAAAGGAUUCGGCCGUUCGGUCGGGCAUCGGGGUUGGAGGUCGCGCUGUGUGAGACGAAUGAGCAAGAAUCGGAGUCGAGACCGAUUCCGUCCGGCGGCUUUCGAGGCGCUGUUCAACUGCAUCGGCGUCUUCCGAAGGGCCUGUGCUCUCUUCCCGAAAGCCGUCUCCCACCCCUUUCUGGGGCUGGUGCACCCAUUUUUAGCGUGGCCGGCAGCAUGUCCUGCAUUAGCUCGCUGCGAUGCAACACAAGGAAAAGGGACAUUUCCGCCGGCCCUUGCGCCCUCCCACCCGCAUCGUCGGGAAGGAUGGCAUUUUUCAUGCAACCAUGGAAGAAUUUUUCUUCCUGCUUUUUUGCGCCUGUUGUCGGCGGCAACGUGGUACGGGGAAAAUUUUUCUUCUCGGCGGUGUGGCUGCCACAUGCGGCAGCUAAGGAUUUGUUGUCGGUCUCGCAAUUUGUUAACCUCUUAGUUUUGGGCGCACCCCUAUUUCUAGCCCGACAUACAAAGUCUGCUGGUUGUGCCCUAGGUUUGCGUUGCAGCAUGCCGAGUUUUGAGCGAAAGCGCGAGACAGCGAGCCGAAGCCAUGCAACGAGCAGAUGCCAAGGCCGCGGUCGGCAGGGCAUCAUCAUCUUGACGACUGAUGUGCCAUCUCUUUCGACUUGGACUUGGUUGAAGGAUGGGAGGAUGGGUGAUCGGGCUGUUCUCGCCGCGAAUUGCACUCAUCAGUUCAACGACUCGAAACCAUCAACCGAAUCGCCAGGUGCGGGCCUGUCUCCGGUGCCCCGAGCUUCAAGCUCGACAAACACACCAUGUUUCAAGGCAGAGCUCCUUGGUCCCUGAAAUCGCAAAGAUCAGCGGAGCUCGACCCUGGCAAACCUGAAG